CUCCGCUGGGCUACCGGGAACCUGAAGGAGGCCGGCCUACCCCUCCCCGCCCCGCCCCGUUCCUGGUGGGAGCUGCGUCCCAGGUCUUCCUCACUUUCCUUUCGGGGGAGGCGGGAUCCUGCAUUCUCUGUCUCUGCUCGCGCUCAUCGCGGGAUUCACACCGCGCUCCAUGGCGAAUGCAGCGGGGCGGAGGAGCUGGGCGGCCCUCAGGCUCUGCGCUGCGGUUAUUUUACUUGAUCUGGCUGUUUGUAAAGGAUUUGUAGAAGAUCUAAAUGAAUCAUUUAAAGAUAAUCGAAAAGAUGACAUUUGGCUUGUUGAUUUCUAUGCACCCUGGUGUGGCCAUUGUAAAAAGUUGGAACCAAUUUGGAAUGAAGUUGGACUUGAAAUGAAAAGUAUUGGUUCUCCAGUUAAAGUUGGAAAGAUGGAUGCUACUUCAUAUUCUAGCAUUGCUUCAGAGUUUGGAGUUCGAGGUUAUCCAACAAUUAAGCUAUUAAAGGGAGACUUGGCAUAUAAUUACCGAGGACCACGGACUAAAGAUGAUAUAAUUGAGUUUGCUCACAGAGUGUCUGGGGCUCUAAUUCGGCCUCUUCCAAGUCAACAAAUGUUCGACCAUGUACGGAAGAGGCACCGUGUAUUUUUUGUUUAUAUUGGUGGAGAAUCACCCUUGAAAGAGAAAUACAUAGAUGCUGCUUCAGAGUUAAUUGUAUAUACAUACUUUUUUUCUGCCUCAGAAGAUGUGGUUCCUGAGUAUGUGACACUGAAAGAGAUGCCUGCUGUGCUUGUUUUCAAAGAUGACACUUAUUUUGUUUAUGAUGAGUAUGAAGAUGGCGAUCUGUCCUCGUGGAUCAGCAGAGAGAGGUUUCAGAACUACCUUACUAUGGAUGGUUUUCUCCUGUAUGAACUUGGAGACACAGGAAAGCUUGUGGCCAUAGCAGUUAUUGAUGAGAAAAACACAUCACUUGAGCAUACCAGAUUAAAGUCAAUUAUUCAGGAAGUCGCUAGAGAUUUCAGAGACCACUUCCAUAGAGAUUUUCAGUUUGGCCAUAUGGAUGGAAAUGACUAUAUAAACACUUUGUUGAUGGACGAAUUAACAGUCCCAACAAUAGUUGUACUGAAUACUUCAAACCAACAGUACUUUUUGCUAGAUAGACAUAUUAAGGAUGCGAGCGACAUGGUCCAGUUCAUUAACAGCAUUUUGGAUGGUACAGUACCAGCCCAAGGAGGUGAUAGCAUUUUUCAGAGAUUGAAAAGAAUAGUAUUUGAUGCCAAAUCUACAAUUGUGUCUAUAUUCAAGAGCUCUCCACUUAUGGGCUGCUUUCUUUUCGGGCUGCCACUGGGUGUCAUCAGUAUCAUGUGCUAUGGAAUCUAUACAGCUGACACAGAUGGAGGCUAUAUAGAAGAACGAUAUGAAGUAUCUAAAAGUGAAAUGGAAAACCAGGAACAGAUAGAAGAGAGCAAAGAGCAAGAGUCCAGCAGUGGAGGGUCUCUAGCGCCUACUGUGCAAGAGCCCAAAGAUGUAUUAGAAAAGAAGAAAGAUUGAAACUUCACAGAUAAAAAAUAUUUGAUAGAAUGUCAAGUUAUUAAAGAGUAUUUAUUGAAUUUAGAGAUUUAAUCAUGAUCUAUUUACAGAAGAGAACAUAUUCUUUGUAUUUUGCUAAUAACAACUGCAUGAAUUAAAAUAAUUCUUCCAUAAGUAGGAAGAUGUUUGGAACAAAGUGAUGAACAGUUUGUCCAGAACAAAGCCAGAUCAUUGUAUCAGUUACUUUACAGACGCCCAUUAUAUACACACUUCUCUGUGUGCCUGUUCUAUGACAAAGUAAAGAAGCUUGGACAGAAUAUUAAAUUGACCAUUAAUGUGGAAGAUGUGUUUUUUGCAAAGAGAAAUAGUACUUUCACCUACUGUAUCAAUUCUCCUAUAUUUUGGAUAAAAUUUAUAUAAACAAAUAAAGUCUUUAAAAUUUAGACAUUUUAAGAGGACUGGUAACAUUUUCUGUGUAUCAGAUUUAAGGUUCUGAGUUUAAAACUAGUGUUUUUAUAUAUAGCAUAGUGAUUUUAUUUUACUAGUUGUUUUUAAAGGAGAAAUGUUACUUUUUUACUUAUACUCUGUUACAUUAUUAUGAUAAUGGCAUAUAACCCUAUGAAGUGGGUGAAGAAUCUUGUAAUUGACUUUUAAAAAUGACCACGGUAUUCGGAGAGUGGUGGCUUCAGCCUUUUCCUGUGCUGUUUAGUAGAGUGCACUGUCCACCACUGGAGGAAGGAAUGGCCCUCUUAGUAUAUCUUGAUUUUAGCCAAAGCAGCCUAGUAUUUUGUUUUGGUUUUAUUUUAUAGCUUGACAUUACUUCUAAUAUUUCUGUUAAUUAUGAAUGCUUUCAGAAGUAAUAUAAAUCAUGUUUUUAUGAUAUAUAAACUAAUAAUUUAAAAUUUACUGCCACACCUCUAUUGUGGGAGGCCAUAACAGGUUGGUGAUAUAAUCAACAUGUUAAAUUCAGAUUUCAUGAACAAGGGGAGAGAUCCUAGUUCCCUUCUCUAGACUCAGCUUUGCCUCUAUGACAGUCACAACCUCGCAUCUUUCAUCAGAAUGCAGUUGUGUCUAAGAGUGGGUAUUUUGUGAUAAUGUUUACUAUAGAUUAGUUUGUUAAUUUUGAUGCCUUCAUUUUAGCUAAUUUCAGAAUUUUUAUUAGGUAAUGUCUAGGUCCUGUUCUUUGAGUAUCUUAGAGUGUGUUGAAAGGAUCCGCUGAGCAUUUACAAACAUGGUUUGUAGCUCUAACCCUGAAGUUACUUGGGGACUUUGCUUUGGUUGCCAAGGGAGCUUCUGGUUUCUGAUGCAGUACUAACCAGUAUUGCAUCAUAUUAAUGAAUUAAAGCAUGUAUAUCUGUAGAGCAAGAGAAUUGCUAAUUAUAGUCUGUGCCCAAGUAUUCUUUUCAUAUUUAAAAGCAACCAUUUUUAAUAUUUAAUCACCCAUCAUUAACUUUAUUGAUAAUUGUGUAUGUAUGUAGUCAUGGGGAAUGUUCAGAAAAUAAAAGAAUAUUCUCAAAUGGAAACUGGAGAUAAGCACUGUUAAAAGUUACUGUAACAAACUCCUCUAUAGAAUAAACUUCUUAGACUCUUUGGGAAGCUUCAUGGUAGUGGUCCCAAUGGUCAAGCCUUAUUGCAGGAGAAAAGACCUGAAGUCUGUACAGAUGCCUCAUUAAUGAUAAUGUGUGGUAAGAAGAGAGACGUGAAGAAAUAGGGAGUGCCACUAUUACAUUUUAUUAUUGUUUAUCACUACCAAAUGUUAAAUGUAUCUUGUCUGGUCAAUCAUCCUUGUAAAUAAGUUCUCAAUAGGAAAAAAGAGUAAAGCACAGCUUUGCAUUAAUAAACAUAUGCACAGAGGUGA